UCCAGAAAAUGAUAAAAAAGGAUGAGGUAUUGGGGAGUGCGUGCUUUGACUUGUACACUUUGCAAGAAGAAAACUGCAGUUGCGCGAUUCUUUAAUAUUCAUGGCGAGAACGGAAAAAAAGAACGGGAAAAAUAGCUUAAUUUCAUUUAUAAAACGACUUAACAUGUUCACAGAAGGGGAAGGGUGCAACAAAGAAAAGUUCUCUCUGAAAAGUUUUUUUUUUUUGGUCUGCAAGGUGCACUUCCCAUAUUUUAGCUUGAAGGAAUUCAUGGAGGCUAAUGGCAGUGAACAACCAAAAUGUCAAAGAAGUUUUAAUCAUCGUGGGAGGAAGAAUGAUUGCUGGGAUGAAGUGGUCAAGGUGUUAUGUAUGAUACUGCGUGAUGACAGUAUUUCAAAUAUACGGUUGUGGAAGGAGAAAAAAGUGAAAAUACAAGAGGCAUUUACGCAGCUGGAGGAUAUGAUGAGCAAAAAUGCCUUGCAAGAGAGUUGCUGGACUGAAGUGGUAAAGCUGUUACGUAUAAUAUUGGGUGAUGAGAGUAUUUCAACUACGACCUCAUGGGAGUUAAAAGUAAUGAAAGUAGUAAAGGCAAUUGAGCAACUCAAAGACCCGCAAUUUGGAUUUAAAAUGUUGAAAGAGAUGAUGAAGGAGAGUAUUAGUCAAAAUACGAAAGUGAAAGAGGCAUUCCAAUUGAUUGAAUCAGUAUUGAACCAAUCAGAAAAUUCAGUUCCAAACCAAGACCAUACAAAUGAGAUUAAUGGCUUAGAUCAAACAGUAGUAUACUUGAUAAAGAAGGAGCUACAAUCACUUAAAGAGCACCUUGUACAGGCAAAUGCCAUUUGUGACCAAAAGGCGCAAUCAAUGACGGAGGCAAAGACUUUUUGCAAGGUCUCGGGUAUGCUAAGUAAUGUGCUCAAGUCUUGUUGUGCAAAGAUGUAUGAUAUUGUGGACUCUGCAAAUUCUAUUCAAGGACCUUUCGUGCAAAUAGAAGAUGAACAAUUCGCACUCCACUUUCCUGGCUCAAAGAUGAUUGAUGAAGAGAAACAAGCUGAGGAAAUGAAAUUUGCCAUAAAAUAUGUGGGAGGAAGACUAGAGACAUUAACAUUGAAAAUGCAAAGCGACCAAAAGAUGAUUCCUCCAGCUCAUUUGAAUCCUGAAUCUUCUAACCCUAUGGGUGCUUUGGGGGACUCAUUCGACAUUGAAGAGCUUCAGACUGAUUCGCCCUUGGAAAGUUGGCUCGAUAAUUUGAUUUCAACUGUCGUCAUCAAAGGAUACGAGGUUUAUCAACGCAAUGCUGAUGCGCUCAACAAAAUAUUUCAAAACCAUGCUCACUUUGCUGACCAAUUUCAAUUGAAAGAUCGAGUGUUUCAAAGCAACAUUAUGAAUGCUCUCGCUGAAAUUUACUUGAAAUUAGAAAGCAGUCUUGGUAAGCUUGAGCUAACUGAGAUUGAUGAUAUUUUGGUAAGGGUGAAAGACAUGGAGGUCACUGGUUUGGAACUUUCAUGGCUACGUGAAACAUUGGAGAAUCAAACAAAGAUAAAGAGAUUGGAAGAAGCUAUCCAAGAAUCCAUUCUAGAGUUGGCCAAAUUAAAGAAGAAACAACGGCUAGAGUAGUUGCUGCUUCCAGUUAUGUCGUUCAAGUAAUAGCAGUCAAGAAGUUUUUUAUUGGUUAAUUGGAAUGUUGAUGAACUGCUAGUAGUGUAUGCUUUUGUGUGAGCGCUUGUGUUUGAUACUUUUGGUAUUUAAAAGUUGUUUUGUUUUUGGUAUUUUUUACAGUUGAUAUUUGUGGUUAAAAUUUCAGUACUUUAUUGAUAGAUUAUAUGGCUGUUCACAUUUUUGAUAA